ACUUUAAAACAAAGUCAAGAACCGAACUUCGUUAAUCACUAGGUUGAUAUUUAGAUUUGGGCUUAGAGGGUUGGACAAGAUGGGCAAGUCCUCAAGUCCUAAAACACAAAAAAGCUUAACUUAGAACAAAGAAAUAAAAAAAAUCCAUGGAAGUCAAGGCAGCCCAGCCCAAGAUAACAAAAACAUGGACAAUUUGAAGAAAUCCUUGUCGGUUUAUGGCUUUAUGCUGCCCCAGCCUACUCAUGGUGUCUUCCUUCUUCCCGAGUUUCGAACUGAAGUGUUCAGAGUAUUUAUUAGUUCUGAAUCUUGCUUCUACGAUUGUGUGGCAAAAAGGAUAAAAAACAAUACCCAGUUUGGAAGAUUUCUUUUUUCAUGAAAAAAAAAUUAGAGGAUGAAUUCUGCUCCAAAACAUAAUUUCUUUUGUCCGAAAUGGCCAUGGGAUGUAAGCAAACAGCCUAAAAGUCCUAACCUUUGUACCUUUGAGGGCCCUUGGUUAUUCAAGUCUAUGCAAAAUCUUGGGUCCCUUGUUCUAAAUACCUUCAAUUCGGUUUCGAAAUCUUCUGGUUCAUGGGUCAAUAAUUUUAAUCCUGCCCAAUGGGAUGCUGGGACUAAUCAAAAUAGCAACUUGAGGUUGAAAAGAAAAACAUUGAGUCCUGAAGAACAAGCGGAGGCAGAGCAUAGAGCUUUUGCAUCAGCUCUAGCGAGUGGGAAGGAGGCUACAGUGAUUGAGUUUUACUCACCUAAAUGUAGUUUAUGUAAUUCCUUACUCAAGUUUGUCAUGGAGGUGGAGAAUAGGAAUUCAGAUUGGCUCAACAUUGUCUUGGCUGAUGCUGAGAAUCAGAAAUGGCUGCCUGAGCUUCUCCAUUACGACAUCAAAUAUGUUCCUUGCUUUGUGCUGUUGGACAAAAAUGGGUUGGCACUUGCAAAGACAGAUAUUCCUAGCAGUCGGCUGCAUGUAGUGGCAGGUCUCUCUCACCUUCUCAAGAUAAAGCGUCCUACAUGUGGUAGUAGCUUCCGCACAUCUUCUCAUGGAUGAAAUUUUUAACUAUUGUAAGUUCUUUGAAGACAGGUUUUCUCCCUUCACUUUGUAGGAAGGAGGGUGUGUUUGCAAUGCCUUAAUACGUAGUUGUAGUCAAUUAAGAGGUCUUUAUGAUGAAGAGUUAGAACUGACAGCUUUAUAACUGUUAACCAUGAUAUUUGGAACUUCAUUUUUGGGGCAUUGCUGACAACUGUCUUUAUGAAGAAUGCAAAUUGAUAAGAGGUUAAAUAUGUUUAUGAUCAAUAUAUUUCAGCAUUUGCAUAUUUGCAGUCAUGCAUUGAUGUCACCUGUCAGCAAAUUCGUAGCUCCAGACCUUUAACGUUAGACCAACAUUUGAGAAGAUUUGUAAGAAUGAGCACAUGAUGUUGGUUAUGCAGCAUGAUUUGAUUCGCCACUUUCUUAGCUUAAGUGCAAACAAAUAUUUGUAGUGAAAAGGUCUCCCCUUUUCACCGCAGCUCCCGGGCCAUGUUUGACGCCUGUCUGGUUAAAUAUUUCUCUCGUUAAGUUUCUAACAUCAUUCACAUGGUGCUAAAACUACUACUAGUUUUUACAUGCCCCACUCCACUCUUCAAUCUCCCUAUCUUGAUAAGUUGAUGAAGAAAAUAU